AUGGAUGAUGUGUUGAUAACUGGAUUGACGGCAGAACAACAUAAUCAACGUCUUGAAGAGGUUUUCAAGAGAAUUCAAGAUAAAGGUUUACAAGCCAGUAAAGAGAAAAGUAUUCUUGGUGUCACCGAAAUAGUCCUAGUAAUAAAGCUGAAGUGCAGUCUUUUGGGCAUGAUAAAUUAUUAUCAUAGAUUUGUGGAUAAUUUUGCAAAAAUAGCAGCUCCACUAUAUGACUUAUUAAAAAAAGGUGUUAAUUUUGAAUGGAAAAUUGAACAAAGAAAUGCUUUUGAAAAUUUAAAGAGAAAAAUUGGCGAGGAACCAAUUUCAGUGUGUUUUAACAAUGAUUUGGAGAUAAUUCUUGCGGUUGAUGCAUCCAAUAAAGGUGUAGGAGGUGCAUUAUUACAUGUCAUUGAUGGAUUUUCGAGAAUAUUUCAUGAAGUUGAAACGAGGUACUCUGUUAUAGAACAGGAGGCCUUAGCGAUUAUUUUUGGAUUGACCAAAUGUCGCGAGUAUUUAAUCGGGAAAAGAUUUGUGAUUUAUACAGAUCACAAGCCAUUAAUUCAUUUAUAUAAGAAAGAUAACAAAGAAUUAAUGAUGUCUCCUAGGUUACAACGGUGGUUGUUACUUGUGGGAAGUUUUAACGUAGAUAUAAAAUAUCGGCGAGGUAGAGAAAAUCAUUUGCCAGAUAUAUUAUCGAGAUUAGGGGCAGGUUGUGCUACUCCUGAAAUUAUUGAUAACAUGAUUAUUGAUAGAGAAGAUGCAUUAGUGCGUACUCUAUCAUAUAUGUUAAAGGGAGGUCCUACAACUUGGGAAGAUCUCAAAUCAUAUACUUUAAAAGAUAAAGGUCAAGUUAAAAUGAAAUCUUGGGCUCGUGAAUAUGUGUGGUGGCCUGGGAUGGGUAAUGAUAUAGAAAAAAUUACAAAGGAAUAUGUUCCAUGUAAUACUUGUGCCGUUAUGCCCCGUAAAGAGAUGGGACAAGUGUGGCCCAAAUCAAAGAAACCAUGGGAUCGUCUCCACAUUUAUUUUUUUGAAUUGGAUAAAAAAUCAUAUUUUUUGGUUGUGGAUUCAUAUUCCAAAUGGAUUGAAUUUGAAGAGGUUCAAGGGUUAACAACUAAAGUUGUUAUUAAAUUAUUACAAAAAUUGUGGGCUAAAUUUGGGAUUCCUAAAAUAAUUGUAUCGGAUGGCGGUCCGGCUUUUAUAAGUGAAAAUUUUAAGCAAUUUUGUAAUUCAAUUAAAAUUAAACAUAUUUUGACUCCACCUUAUCAUCCUAGCUCUAAUGGCCAGGCUGAAAGGAUGGUAGAUAUUGUAAAAAAUUGGAUAAAAAGGCGAAACAAGAAAAAAAUGAAGGAAGGAGUUACUCCUGUUGAAUUAUUUUUGGGUAGAAGAACCAGAUUACCCUUAGAUUUUCUUAAGUCAAAAGAAAUUGACAAUAUAUUAUCUUGUGAAAAAACCAAUAUAAAAUUUCCUGUGGGGAAAAUUAUUUGGGGUAGACUUUUUGACCAUAAAAAAAAAUGGGAGAAAGGUUGUGUUAUAGAUAAUAUUGGGAAUAAAUUAUGUACAAUACGAUUUGAUGAUGGUACUAUGGGAGUACGUCAUAAUGAUUUUAUUAGGGUAACUGAUAAAGGGGGAAUUAGCUGUUUCAGAUGUCAGAGUUUUGGACAUCAGAUCAAGGAUUGUCAAAUUCCGACUCAUGUGUUGAUGAAUCAAGAAUGCAAAGAUUAUCCAAGUGAUACAGAGAAAUUUCCAACCUCAAGCUAUUUUUGUGGAAAAAAUAAUAAGGUACCGUCGGAGGUUAAGUACCAAAAUUAUAAUAAAAUAAAUGAGAUAGAAUCAAGAUAUAAACAGUAUGGAAAUAGGCAGUGGCCGCCUAUUAAAUAUGAUGGAAUGUUAAAAAGAACCAAUAUAAUUCAAGAUAGGACAGUAGGAAUUACAUCGAUGGGAAACCAAUAUUAUGGGAAGAUGCAAGCUAAAAAUGAUAAUUCGACCAAGUUGAGAUCAAAUAUAGUUAAAGUGACAAAUAAUACAGAUGUUCAAAAGAAAUAUAAUGUUAUGGAAACUGAAGAAGAGGAGAUAUUAAAAGAUAAAGAAGAGGACAUAUAA